UAUGCUUUGCGGAGUGUUAUUCUGCUGCUUCUUCUUCUUCUGUAGCCCUGCACUUGCAUCACUUUGUUUUAUUUAUUUUUUUAUUUUUCUCGCGCAGUGUGGUGUGAACUCUACCAUCGGGCAUGCAUCGUUGCCUUGCCGCGUCUUUGUGUGUUGCAUUCUAGUCAGAAUCGUCACGGCGGCACUCUUCCCGCCUACACCAUGUCGGGCGGUUUUUUUCGGGGAACGUCCGCGGAUCAGGAUACUCGUUUUUCUAAUAAGAUGAAAAAGUUGCUGAAGUCUCAGAAAUUUGCGCCCGAGCUUGAUGUCACGAUCGACACCUCAAAGGUUCAAAUGGAUGUUAUUAAACCCUGGGUAGCUACUCGAGUGACGGAACUACUUGGCUUUGAAGAUGAAGUCUUAAUUAAUUUUAUAUAUGGUAUGCUCGAAGAAAAGAAUGUAGAUGGAAAACAUGUUCAGAUUCAGCUUACAGGCUUCAUGGAGAAAAAUACGGGAAAAUUCAUGAAAGAGCUUUGGAGCUUGUUGAUGAGCGCUCAGUCCAAUGUCAGUGGUAUUCCGCAGCAAUUCUUGGAUCAAAAGGCUGAAGAGACCCGCCUUAAAAAGGCCGAAUCUGAGCGCAUUGCAGCCGAGCUUCAGCGCAAGAGGGAUCUCGACAAAGUAGCUGAGGACGAGCGACAACGUGAAAAAGACGCAGCAGCAGAGGCUGCAAAGAAAGUCAAGGAAGCUAAUGGAUUUGCUGACAAAGAUCGGGUCCCUAAACAUUCUGAUGACAUAAGAUCGAGGCGGGGGAACGGACAAUUUAGAAGGUCGGUUAGCAAAGUUCGAUCUUCACCCGGCCGAGAUUCUAGACGGCGCCAACGUUCCAAGCAAUCAUCAGAUUCUAGUUUGUCCAGGUAUUCUCGAAGUGUUUCUCGAUCACCUCGGCGACGUCGGAGAUCUUUUUCACCUGGUCGACCGUCUCGUGUCUCAAGGGUUGUACGUUCCCCCGUGAGACGGAACUACUCACGAUCACCGAUUCGUAGAAGAAAGUCUCCACCUGCACAUAGGUCUCCUGUGAGGCGUCGUUACGCUUCACGGUCUCCACCCGCACGAAGGUCUUCAAGUUAUUCCCUUUCCCCAGCGCCACGAAGCCGUGCCAGGAGUCCUCGUCGUAGAAACGGGGGGCAUCUUAGGAGAGAGUUUCGGAGCCCUGAGAGAGUGGAUCGGCCUGGCGGGAGGGAAAGACGUUUAAGCAGUUCUCCAGGUUUCCGAGGACCAGAACCUCAUCAAAUUCCACCCGUAGCUCUCCGUCGACCUACUGGUUUUGGAGAUAGAGCGACUCCUCCAGACGGUGAUGACUGGAGAGCAGUGUCAGACAGAGAUGGAAUCGGCAGCACUGGAAAUAAACGUGUGCUUGGUGACAAAGAUGAGAAAAUUGUCGGGGUAGUAGAGGCAAGUGAGGUUGCCAGUGAUAAAAAAAUGCACAGUGGCGUAGAUGAGCGGAAGUCAGGAUCUGACCGAGGUGUCAGGGAGAAAAAAGACAACUGGUCUCAUAGUGGCUUGAAUGAAGAAGAGGGAGAGUCUCGGAGAGGUGGUAGGGAUGUAGACGGAGAGAAAAGGCUUUUUACUGAUAUGGAGGAGAGGAGAAGUGGGUAUCACAGGUCUGACAAGAACACCAGAGAGCGGUGGGUCCAUAACGAUUCAAAUGAGGGUCAGAAAGAGUCUCCCAGAGCCCGUACUGGUGUUCCUGGUGAAAAACGCCCUCACAGUGAAAUUGAACGCAACACAGGUGUCGACAGGUCUGGAAGUGAUAGUCGUGAGGUGGGCAGGUAUUACGAUGAUAAUGGGAAAAGCGUCCUGGAUAGAUUCAGAAAGGAUGGUGGUAAUGGAAAACGUGACAUGGAUUUUAGAAGGGAGGAUCGUUACUUCACUGAUCAGAGGGACAGACCUACUAUGAGAGAGAGAAGUCCUCUACCAGACAGGCAACAGGUACGCAAAGAAACACGGGGGUCGAGGAAAGUUGUCGAAACGUUUCAGAGUCCCUCCAAAGAGAGGAAGAGCGAAGACUACGGGCGGCGAUCUGUUGAUUUCGAUGACGAUGACUCUGGUGUGGUCAGGGAAAACGUUUCAAAGAAGUCUAGAGUACAGAAGGCUGAAGACGAUGGGUUUGCUAGAGACAAUGAUGAAGAUAGCUUUUCACCAAGAGGAAGUGAAGAAAGACGUAAGGAGGAGAAACGGCGUAGGAAAGAAGAGAAAAGGCUCCGCCGAGAGGAAAGGCAUAAACGGAAGAGAGAGGAGAAGCAGAAACGGAAAGACAAAAAACUUUCAAUGAGUACUGGAGGUUUAAACGGGGAGGAUAAAAUAGAUAAUCAUGAAGGAACGGAGCAGAUUGAGGGAGAAUAUGAUCAGAAACAGCGAGAGAAUGAAUUGCGGCACGCAGCGCUAGAGUCGCUGCGUGCCAAGAAGGCCAUAUCUCACUAAUGCUCUUGUGAUUGGAAGAUUUUUUUACAGCAGUGAUAAGGUGUAUCAUGUAUGAUUGGCCGACUGGAACUUGAGCUGUGAGAUUCAGAUAUGAGGAACUUUUGAUUUGUGGGUCGUGAAUGUAGGUAGUAUUAGUUGGGGUAUAAAGGCUGAAAUGCCUUUCUCUUGCUGGUUUAUCUUACUGAAUGUCCAUGCUGGGCGGCAGGACCUUGGCCACAUUCGGAACCUGAUCAAUCUGGAGAGGGCUUUAAAUGUCGGAGAAUUAAAAGUGGCACCGUUGCUGGUAAUAUUUGCUGGCUCUUGCACGCCGUUGAUUUUUGUCUCAAGGACCAUCAGACUUUGGUUUCUUUCUUAUCACCUGUGUGACCUACUCACUGAAGACAUUCAUGUUUUUUUAAGUGCAGCUUGGAUUGGAUUCUGCAAGAACCUUCUCUUUUAUUUCCAGACAGCCUCCCGCAGGACUCCUACAGUUGUCCUUUGACCUUUUCUGUUGGAUGCUGGACUCGUUUGGUUCAGAAUCACCUGAGACUUGACCCACGUGAUGAUGUGGUUAGUUUGCACGGCGCGUUGAAUCUGGUAGUAAUCACGACUGUUGUAGUGGAUGCUUGUCAUACUUUUCGCUCUGUUAUUUAAGCAUAAGUUGGUUUUUCUCUCGACACUCGGGGUUUUGCGCGUGUGUAGUGUCUAAAAUCACCCUUGUACAAUUAUGAUUCUAACACAGUUGGUUCUGCUGCUAGUCUUUCGACUCUUUUAUGCUCA